CAGAGGCAGAACUAUGCAGACGGUCCCUUGCCCUGACGGCUCAGUUUUUCCCCCCUCCCCCACUAGCCGAGCUCCUGUUUCACUCAAAGAUGGCGUCAGCUUUGGAGCCUCUGCUCUCUGGCUGCAUUUUUAGUCUUGUUGUUGUCUCCGAUUCGAAGGAUUUCUGGCACGUUCUCCUCGGCAACUCGACACGAAAUUCCGGGUGUGUCGGCUACUAAAGUGCGAUGGGCAUGAAAGUGAUCAGUGCGGGCUGCUUCCUGGGGUGAGAUCUAUGGUUGGUCCCCGACCCGAGAAGCCCUGCCCGCUGAAUAAGAAAAGACAAGGGAUCCCCAACGAUCAUCGUCGUCCUAUCAAUUCCACAGAAACUAAUAUUGCUUUUUCUUCCAUUUUCUGGACCUCUUUCAUCUGAGAAAAAUAACUUGAAACAAAACGGUGAUUUUCCUGAGAGAGACUCUGGUCAUUGUACCUCUCCCUUGGGAGGAAAGCCAUUUGAUCACCAGGAGUGAUCCAACGCUUUAGUUGGACGCGUUUUGUCACCGGUGGACGUAGAAACGCUUCAUUGUUGAGCAUAGCUGAAGCUCCAUCCCUGAAACCCCGUUCUCAGCCAGGCUGCGCCGCCUCACCGGGAGAGGCCGGUGGCUGGACCGGCUCGUAACCAUUUAGGCGGGGGUUGUAUCUCGGAAGCUUAUGCUAUGGUGAGCUGCUCCCUACCGUGCUACUCACACUUGGACUCCGAGGCAUUCUCUGCGCGGCCUCAGGACAAGGGCUAGUCGGAAGGUAGUGGCUUCGGGGAGGAGAGAGGAGCAGCCGUAGCGCUAAAGGGUGCAGGCCAGGUCCUCCCUGGGCCUUCAGCCCCCCUACCCCUUCCCUUCCCCUUCCCUUCCCCAAAUAAGUUUUUGAAUACAUAUUUUUCUUGUUUGUGGACAUCGCAGUCAGGCCUCAAAGGGGGCCUCUGCGCCCAUCCCCGACUGCAGCCAUGGUGAAGUUAGCUAACCCCACGUACACCACAUGGAUCCUGGAGGCCAUCAAGAAGGUGAAGAAGCAAAAGCAGCGGCCGUCGGAGGAGCGCAUCUGCAAUGCCGUGUCCAUGCUGCACGGGCUGGACCGCAAGACGGUUCUGGAGCAGUUGGAGCUCAGUGUCAAGGAUGGCACUAUCCUCAAAAUCUCCAACAAGGGACUCAACUCCUACAAGGACCCCGAGAACCCAGGGCGCCUGGCCCUGCCCAAGCCCCGCAGUGGGCUUGGAGGUGGUGGUGGUGGCGGCGGCGGGGGCGGGGGCGGGGGCGGGAACAGUAGCGGAGGUGGAGGUAGCUCCUCCCACUCCCAUUCACACUCUCAUUCACACUCCCACAAGAAGCCGGGGCUGGACUGGAACAAGCUGAUCAAGCGGGCCCUGGACGGGCUUCACGAGGCCGGCGGCUCCACCCACAGGAGCGUGGAGCGCUUCCUGAAAUGCCAGGCGGACGUGGCGGCCUACCUGUCGGGCAGCGGCUCCAUCGGGCCGGGCCUCUUCCACCAGCAGCUGAGGGUGGCCCUGAAGCGAGCGGUGGCCCACGGCCGCGUCAAGAAGGAGGGCCCGCUGUUUCGCCUGGUCAGCCGCAGCGGGACCACCUGCGGCCCGAGCGGCCUGCACGAGGACGGGACCGGCACGGUGUCCAUCGACUCACUGCCCCCCGUGCGCCUGCUGCCCCAUGAGAAGGACAAGCCCGUCGCUGAGCCCAUCCCCAUCUGCAGCUUCUGCCUGGGCACCAAGGAGCAGAACCGCGACAAGAAUCCAGAGGAGCUCAUCUCCUGCGCUGACUGCGGAAACAGCGGCCACCCGUCCUGUCUGAAGUUCUCCCCGGAGCUCACGGUCAGGGUCAAAGCCCUCUGGUGGCAGUGCAUCGAGUGCAAGACCUGCAGCAGCUGCCAGGACCAGGGCAAGAACGCGGAGAACAUGUUGUUUUGCGACUCGUGCGACCGCGGCUUCCACAUGGAGUGCUGUGACCCCCCACUCACGAGGAUGCCCAAAGGCAUGUGGAUCUGUCAGAUCUGCCAGCCCAGGAACAAGGGGGGAAGGAAGCUCUUACACGAAAAGGCGGCACAAAUCAAACGGCGCUACAAUGCACCGUUGGGACGACCUAAAAACAGGCCCGGGAGGCCCUUCAAGAAGCUGGUGGGACGGGGGCGGCGGCGGCGCUCGGCCUCGCCCGACUCGUCGUCCAGCUCGUCGUGCGAGGGUUACCCCGGCGACGACCGGCUGCUGUUCUCCCUGCGCGAGGACAACGAGGACGGCGACAGCGGCAGCCUGCGCUUCAACAAGAAGACCAAGGGGCUGAUCGACGCGCUCACCAAGUUCUUCACGCCGUCACCGGAGGGCCGCAAGGCGCGGCAGGAGGCGGUGGACUACUCGCAGCAGUGCCGCAUCCGCAAGAAGGCCAACCGCAAGGACGGAGACGACCGGAUGGACAAUCAGGACUGCAGCGACGACGAGAAGAUGCCCGGCCACGAGAACCUGACGGAGAAGGACAUCGAGCUGUUCAGACAUAUCCAGGAGCUGGCUCUGCAGAAAGUGGGUGUGAAGGGCCCACCGGACCCUCAGAUGCGAUGCCCGUCGGUCAUAGAGUUCGGAAAGUACGAGAUCCAGACGUGGUACUCGUCCCCCUACCCCCAAGAGUACAGCAGGCUCCCUAAGCUCUACCUGUGUGAGUUCUGCCUGCGCUACAUGAAGAGCCGCAGCAUUCUCUACCAGCACAUGAGGAAGUGCAGCUGGUUCCACCCGCCCGCCAACGAGAUCUACAGGAAGGACGACGUGUCCGUCUUUGAGGUGGACGGCAACGUGAGCACAAUCUACUGUCAGAACCUGUGUCUGCUGGCCAAGCUGUUUCUGGACCACAAGACCCUGUACUACGACGUGGAGCCCUUCCUCUUCUACGUGCUCACCCAGAAUGACAGCAAGGGCUGCCACCUGGUCGGGUACUUCUCCAAGGAGAAGCACUGUCAACAGAAGUACAAUGUGUCCUGCAUCAUGAUCCUCCCCCAGUACCAGCGCCGCGGCUACGGACGCUUCCUCAUCGAUUUCAGCUACCUGCUGUCCAAGCGCGAGGGCCAACCGGGCUCUCCAGAGAAGCCCCUGUCCGACCUGGGCCGGCUGUCCUACAUGGCCUACUGGCACAGCGUGGUGCUGGAGUGUCUCCACGAGGUGCGCGACCGGCAACUCAGCAUCCGGCAGCUGAGCAAGCUGACGGGCAUCUGCCCGCAGGACAUCACGGCCACCCUGCAGAACCUCACCAUGCUGGAGCAGCGCGGAGACCGGCUGGUGCUGGUGAGGCGGGAGAAGCUGGUGUCCAGCCACAUCAGCCGGCUGAAGGCCCGCCCGCGGCCGCUGGACGUGGACCCCGAGUGCCUGCGCUGGACGCCCGUGGUGGUCACCAACACGGUGGUGUCGGACGGCGAGGGGGAGGACCGCGACGACGACGAGGACGAGGAGGUGGAGGAGGAGGCCCGCGAGGAGGUGAAGCCCAGCCACAAGAUCUCUCCUCUCUCCUGGCACAUCCACCAGGAGCGAGGGGGGGACGAGGAGGACGAAGAGGAGGAGGAGGAGGAGGAGAGGAAGUGUUUCCCGGGGUUUCCCAUGAACCACAGCUCCCCUGCCCGCUCCCCGAUCCGCUCCCCGGUCCGCUGCCCACCGCCCCCCGCCGGGCCCGAGUCUCGCCCGCCUCCCCCGGCCAACGGGGAGCGUCGCCCGCGGGGACGGCCCCCCAAGAACUGGCCCUGGGGGAAGGCGAAGGACCGGCCCCGGGUCGGUCGCCCCCCAAAGAACCGGCCGCCGCCGCCGCCGCUGAUGGAUGAGGACGAGGAGGAGGAGGAAGAGGAGGAGCUGCGGGAGGCGCGGAGGAAGGGGCCGGGCUUCUCCUCUGGCCCGCCCUCCCUCUUCUCCCUGGAGAACUCGUCGUCCUCAUCCCACCCCCUGGCCGCCGGGCGCCACCCCUCGGCCACGCCGCCGCGCCGAGGGCGCCCGCCCAGGAAAAAGAGGGGCCCCAAGCCACGGCUCAGAGUGGAGCUCCCCGACGACGAUGACGACGACGAUGACGAGGAAGACGAGGGCCUGCCCCAGCUGCCCCUGGGGCCCCGGCUCUCGGAGCUGCCCGGCAGGAAGACCUGCUUCAGCGAGAGCAGCGAGGAGGACGACGACGAAGAGGAAGACGAUGAGGAGGAUGAGGAGGACGACGAGGACCGGAGGACCAGCUCCCCGCCCGUCCUCUCUAAGCCCGGCCGGGCCCUGAAGAAGCCGCUGAGAAAGCGGCGGCUACGCCGGCAGAGCCACCCCCACAGCAGCGUCGUCACGGAGACCAUCUCGGAAACCACCGAGGUGCUGGACGAGCCCUUCGUGGACUCGGACUCGGAGCGGCCCAUGCCCCGGCUAGAGGAGGAGACCUCGCUGGGACACCCGCUCCGCCGCUACCCCCCUGCCCGCUCCGCCAUGCGGCUCUCGGAGCCCGCCCUGAAGCGCAGCCGGCGCGCCAACCUCUCCGAGUCUGAGGACGACGAGUUGAGGCCCUCGCUGAAACCCAUGGGCGCCCCCGCGUCGGGCCACCCGGAGACCCUGCCCCACGACCCGGAGGUCCCCAUCAAGAAGAAGAAGGGCUGGCCCAAAGGCAAGAGCCGCAAGCCCCUGCACUGGAAGAAGCGGGGGCCCGGCCGCCCCCCGGGCAGCGGGCCCAACCAGCGGCUGGCCGCAGAGGCCCGAGCCGGGGCCCCGCAGCCGCCCAAGAUCAAGAUGAAGCCCGGCCGCAAGCCCCGCAGCUGGUACCUGCAGCGGGCCCAGGAGGAGGCGGAGCGGCAGCUGGGCCGCCUGCAGCCGGUGCCCUACCGGCCCGGCCCGGGCACCGCCGCCCCCGUCGGCCGCCCGCGGCAGAGGGACUCGGACGAGGACGACGACUUCCUGCCCCAGCCCGUGGAGCAGAAGAUCCCCAAGAGGAGGGGCCGGCCGCCCAAGAACCCCGCCCUGCGGCAACAGCCCCCGCCGCCGCCGCCGCCGCCCCCCAAGCCCGCCCCUGUCUCCGAGCCGGAGGAGGACGAUGACGACGAGGACGACGAGGACGACGAGGAAGAGGAGGAGUCGCAGAGGCGCUGGGAGGAGGAGAAGCCCAGCCGCCCGCCGUCCCGCCCCAUGCUGUCCCCGGCCUCCGCCCCCGUCCCCUGCACCCCGGGGCCCAGGGCGCCGCCGCCACGGCCCCAGAACAGGGAGGAGGAGGAGGAGGAGGCGGACGAAGAGGAGGAGGAGAGGGAGGAUGAGGACGAGUGCGCCAACAGGCGCCCCACUGCCAUGCCGGGCUCCGGGAGCCGGCGGAGCGAGGACCACGACGCGGACGACGAAGGCGACGGCCACCUGGAGGACAAGAGCAGCAGCAGCAUCAACAACAACAACAACAACGUCAUCAGCAGCAGCAUCAAGAAGAGGAAGAGCCAGGAGUCCGAGGAGGACGAGGAAGAGGACGAGGAGGACGAGGAGCCGGCGUCCCGAGCCAGCUCUCCGCCCGUCAAGGAGGAGCCCCAGGGCGGGGAAGCUUUUUUAGACACGGAGCACCGCGCCCCACGGGAGUUUGUCAGCAAGCAGGAGGAAGAGGAGGAGGACGAUGAGGAGGAAGAGGCCGAGGAGGAGCCCCAGGAGGCCAAGGGCCGGCCGCCGCCACCGGCGCCGGCCCCGGCACCGGCGCCGGACCCCCAGCAGGAGGAGCGGCGGCAGCGGGAGCAGGAGGAGGCGGCCGCCGUGGAGACGGUCACCGGCAUCCCGGUGGCGGCCGAGGCCCCGGAGCUCCCGCCGCUGCACCCAGAGGACAAGGCGGUCACCCUGCUGAUGGAGCCCCCCCACGCCCCCCACCACCAGCACCCUGAGUUCAAGGAGGAGCUGGGGCCCCCGCACCACCAGCCGCACCACCACCACCACCACCACUCGCACCAGCACCACCACCAGCAGCAGCACGCCCACCACGCCCACCACGGCCACCACUCCAACGAGCUGGACCUGGAGACGGUGCAGGCGGUGCAGUCCCUGACGCAGGGAGAGGCCCAGGACGAGGAGACGGAGCCGCCGCCGCACCACGGCGCCUACCAGGACUGCGAGGAGACGCUGGCCGCCUGCCGCACCCUGCAGAGCUACAGCCACGCCGGGGAGCCCGAGGACGAGGCGGCGCUCGCCCUGGUGGAGGAGUGCGGCGCCUCGCAGCACAGCAGCCCCCUGCCCAACCCCCCGCCGCUGGCCCUGCCCGGCCAGUCGGCGCGCUCCGUCAACAGCCCCGGCCUGACACCGGGACUGAUGGACGCGGGGUCCGCCGGCCCCAGGGGCGGCACGCCGGGCCCCACCGGGGGUAGCGGCGGCGGAGGAAGCUACGCCCAGAUCACCCCCGAGCACCCCGGCUCGCUGUCGGCGCCCUCGCAGCAGAGCAUGGAGACGUCGCCCAUGAUGGACGUACCGUCGGUCUCGGACCACUCCCAGCAGGUGGUGGACAGCGGCUUCAGCGACCUGGGCAGCAUCGAGAGCACCACGGAGAACUACGACAACCCCAGCAGCUACGACUCCACCAUGGGGGGCGCCGGGAACGGGGCGGGCAUGUCCGCCGCCGCCGCGGCCGCCGCCGCCGCCUCUUCGUCGGCGGCCUCGUCUUCCUCGGGCUCGGCCACGCCCUCCUCUGCUUCCCAGGGCGGCAGCUGCUCCUUCGUCCCCACGCCGGGCCUCGCCCCCUCCGGCUGCGGGCUCAUCCAGCAGGCCGGCUCCAACGCCGGGCCCCAGCCGCCGCGCUCCGUCACCCCCGGCUGCGGCAUCAAGUCGCCGCAGAACUGCGUGGUGAUCGAACGGCCGCCCAGCACCAACCAGCAGCAGAAGAAGGUCUCCCAGCAACAGGCCAACUCCCAGCCCUCAGCUCCCACGCCUUCCCAGCAGCAGCAACAACAACAACAGCAACAGCAACAACAGCAGCAACAACAGCAACAACAACAGCAGCAACAACAACAGCAGCAACAGCAACAGCAGCAGCAGCAGGCGCUGUCCCAGUGCAGCAUGGGAAACGGCUUCGCCUCCACGCCCAUGAUCAUGGAGAUCCCCGAGGGCGGCGGCGGCGGCGGCCGCAGCCUCUACGAGCGCAUGGGGCCGGACUUCAGCGCCGGGGGCUACGCCCAGCCCUCGGCCACCUAUAGCCUGGCCAAGCUGCAGCAGCUCACCAACGGCAUCGUGGACCCCCACCUACCCAUGCCCUACUCGCACGCGGCCUCCGUCACCUCCUACGCCACCAGCGUGUCCCUCUCCAACCCGGGGCUGGCGCCCUCGCCGCACUCCCAGGGCGGGCAGCCCUCCAUGGGCACGGCGGCCAACCUGUCGUCGGGCUCCAUGAACCUGGGCUCGCUUCAGCUCCAGUGCAACAUGGCGCCGGGCAACCUGGGCCUGGCGCCGCCCAGCCACAGCCAGCGGCUGCAGGGGCAGAUGGCGGCGGUGAAGGGCCACAUCGCCAUCCGCUCCAAGGCCACGCAGCAGCUGGCGCCGGCGCCGCACCAGCAGCAGCUGUACGGCCGCAGCUCGGGCGCGGUGAGCAUGCAGGGCACGCCGCGCACCCUGGCCGUGCAGCGCGGCAUGAUGUCCAACCUCAUGCCCACGCCGGGCGCCUACAACUCCAUGAACAUGACGCCGCUCAACGCCAUGUCGGCCGCCGGCUACCGCAUGCCGCAGCCCAUGAUGAACAGCGGCUACCACGGCAACCCGCCCUACAUGAACCAGCCGGCGCAGUAUCCCAUGCAGAUGCAGAUGGGCAUGAUGGGCGGCCAGGGGUACCCCCAGCAGCCCAUGCAGCCCAAUCACCACGGCAACAUGAUGUACACCGGCCCCUCGCACCACAGCUACGCCGGGGUCCCCAAGCAGUCGCCGUACAUGAGCAGAUGAGCAAGGGGGGGUGGUGGUGGUGGGGGGUUGACCUGACACCCCCGCUGUGCUGUCCAUUUACGCCCUGUCAUCCUCUUCAUAGGCCGCACUCAAAGGCCGAGAGAGAGAGCAAGAGAGAGAGAGGCAGGAAGAGAUUCCUGUUUUUUUUCUUCCACGUGGUCAUUGGUUCCACUUCAGUAGGACUCCUAGAGCCCUGCCCCCUCCCAUCCGACUGACUGUGUAUGGGUUGACCACCUGCAGUGUUGGGAGUGAGGGUGAGGGGGGGUUGCGUGUUUGUGUGUGAGCGAGAUAUGUGUGUGUGUGUGUGUGUGUGUGUGUUUGUUGGUGUGUAUGUAUCUGUACGUACAUGGACGCUUUGUCUGGGCAUGGCCCGCCCCCCUCUGGACAUGGCGACCACUUCCUCUCCGGACACGGGUCCAUCAUGCGGUCGAACCCCAGGGUGCUGACGACCACUUCCUCUCACUGGGGGGAACGCGCGGGGCGAGACCCCGACACGCUCCACAAGAGGACCUGGCUUCUGAAGAAAAAAUACGAAGUGAUACAUUCGAUAAAUGGUUCAACUGAGCGAUGGUUCAGCCAUGCACACAAUCUUUUAAUUGACAUAGGAAGCCUUACCUUCAAAAAGGGACAAUGAGACAUCGUAGUUGGAACUUAGUUUUAUUUUUUUACAUCAUGUUGCUUUUUGUUUCUUUUCUUUUGUCGUUGACCUUUAAUGUAAAUUACUUGUAAGUCUGACCUCUCAUACGCUUUGGUCUUUAUACAUGUGGCAUUCUGGAAUGGUCACCCACCUUCGUGACGAGGAAGAGGAACCCGACACAGGAACCGGUCUGCUCAGACCAAUGGCGUCAAUUAGUUUCUGGUGGAGGGUAGAAAAGGCGGAUCCCGUUUUUGGUCAGGUGGAAGGUGUAGCAUCUCUUUUUUGUUAUUUUUAUUUUUAACAUUUGCACUGCUGCUCUCUGUCUCUAGAUGUAAAUAUCCUUAUACUUCCCAGUACAACAGCACAACUGCGCCGGACGGGGCACGCAGGCGCCCUCUGGUGGCCAGUGCUUGUGGGUGUAAAAUUCAACUGGGCCUCUUAUCACACUUUCCACUGACAGAUAUGUAUACACAGUCCCCCCUUCCUCUCCCAAGCAGCUUAGAGACUGCAGAUCAAACGGCGGAUAUUCCAUUUCAACUGUUUAACCUUUGUAGGAAAUACUUUUUUGUAAAAGUCUGCACUCCUUAUUUGCGACACAAUGGCCUUCAACAGCAAGAUCGCCGACUGCCGAGCCAUUCCACUUACGCUCACACACGGAGAUGGAGGGUUGAGACUGCGAUGAGGUCCUGUUUGUUAUGGCAUUCAAAACGAGUCGGUGGAGAACAUCACCCCUUCUGCUCCGCGGUUCCGGUAUUCAAAGUCAAAAGAGGAUUAUUUUGGAUGGUUUUGUUUUCAGACCUGAUGUUUCAUAUUUUUGUGUGUUGGUUCUGUUCUGUACUUUUAUUUUGUUAUUAUUAUCAUUUUGGUUUGUUUGGUUCGUUUCUCUCUGAAUUUUAUCAGACUGGGCAGCUUUCUUUUAUGACACAAGCUGACUCUUUUUGACUUUAGAAAACCUGUUGUAGAGAAAUUGUUUUUUCUAUAAUAUAAAAAGGAAAUUCUGACAUUGAUAUUGGUACUGUCAUUUUUUUUUCCACUUCUGUUUCAGGAAAAAAAACAUAUUUUUUAGCUCGACUCUUGGGUAACAAUUACUAAGAAAUUCAAAACAAAAAAAAUUACCACUCACUUUUAGUAACUUUAAGAUGCCUUUAACCUCUUCAUUCCAUCGCAUCUCUAGAUUUUCUAUCUUUGUGUAGUAUAUUAAUGCUAUUUUAAACGAGGAAAAAACAAAUAUCUAAAGGUUUAGUGUUUUUUUGUUUAUUUGUUCCUUUAUUUUUUUUACUUUGUGUAUAAGAUGAAUUCCUUACAUUUAAGAGGCAUGUAAAAAUGAGCUCAGUAUAUUUCUGUUUGUUUAUAUUGAUUCCCCUUUUUGUAUCCUUUGUAUUGUUCAUGGUGCAUUGUAAGCUAAGCGAGAGGAGCGUUCAAAUGACGAGAGGAGCGAUGGCGGAGCCAGCGGGGAAGUCGGCGCUAUGCGCUCUGAUACGCCGCCUAUCGAUGAUUUCUGUCCCUGUAUGUACUUCCAUUUAAUCGUUUUUUUUUUUUCUUUCUUUCUUAGCAAGUACUUUCAAAGAACUCUGUACAUUUUAACAUAAAAUGAAAAUAAAUUAUGUUGAGCCAUU